CAGAGAAGGAGGAAAUUUCCUGGAAGGAAAAACUCGAUGACCGAGAAAGGCAGGUCGCGCAUUGGCGCCGACGUGCGGAGAGUCUCAUUGCUGAUCUAGAAGAUGCUGAGAUGAGGCAUGAGAAAGCAAUGCAUGCCCAAGCGAGCAGCAUCAGAAGGUAUUGUAAUAUUAAGCCGGAUGAGGGGCAAGGGACUGCUCAAGAUACCAAUCGCAUGUCGACAAGAGCGAGCCGCGAAGG